AUGGAGAGCAAAAGAAUGGUGAUGUUUGUGACAAUGAUGAUAGUGAUGGUGAUGGGGAACCUUCUGAUUCAGGCACAAGCUCAAGCUCAAGCUCCACCUCCACCUUCUCCUUUCAAAAUAUGUAUUCGGACCUGUCUUGUUCCCAGAUUACCUUCUCCUCCUUCACAGAUGGUUUCAACAAAUGACGUCAGUCGUAAUGAUUACUACUGCAAACUCGGAUGUGCUGCUCAUCACUGUGUUUCCCUUUCUUCUACCCAAAAUCAGAAUGUAGACAAAUUUGUGGACUGUGCGGAUUCAUGCUCGGACAAGUGCUCCAGCAAGAACUAAUAAUGAUAUGAACCUACGAUGAAUAUUUAUGCCUACUUAUCACUUGUUUUUAUC